AAGUAAAUUGCACGAGGCAGUCCUAUAUAGGGGGCGUGGUCUACAGUGGCCACGCCCAAACACGUCUGUAACGUAGAAGACCUAGCUAGCUAACAACCAGCAAAACUUAACACGCAGUACGCUAACAUGGACGACACAGAGGAAGCUCCGACAGGAACGUUUACAUGCGAGUUGUGCGAGUUUUCUAGUGUAUACACCUUUUACGGGAGGAAACCACCAAACACCAGAGCAGUCGGGUUUUUGGAAGACUGCUAUGGCAUGCGUGAUCCUUUCACUCCAAACAAGGACAAAUUCCUUAUAUUGGGCUCCAAGUGCAGUUUGUGUAAGAAGGCUGUAUGUGUUGGCACGGCCUGCAGCAUUUUCUACACCAAACGUUUCUGCUUACCAUGUGUGAGGGAAAACUUGGAGCAGUUUCCGGAGCAGAUUCGAAUAGAAAUAACAAAGAAAAAAACAGCUCAGAAAAGUUAACAUCAAGCAGAGACACUUAGAUAUGCGAUGGACAGAAGAUAUUACUGACAUAUUUUUUUUUGUUUAUGCUAUACAGUGCAAACUGAAUAUGUUUGAACAUUGAUUUAGCCAUUUUCUUUCUCACAAAAAAAGGAAUCUGCUGAUAAGGGGAUUCAACAACCUGAAUUGAUUCACGAGUCAUAAUUUCAGAAAUUGUAAAAGCGAAUUGUCCUGCAUUUCUAUCGAGAAUGCCUCAGGAAAUUACAAUAUGCUUAAACAACAUGUAUAACACAGCUGAAAUUCACAAACAGUGAACAAAGGAAAUGCAGGAUGGACUCUGUUACUACAAGAACCAUGGCAUUACAAGCACUGUCUCUGAGAACAUACAGCAGAGGAUGCUUUGAAAUGUACCAAUUUCUAACAGACUGCUAUUAACGUACCAGUGUAUUGCAUAGUAAUAAAAUUUGAUAUUAGAAAGUAAUUGUUCUGUUUCAUGUCAAAUUAAGUGGCAUGAGAAUGAAAUGUAAUGUUGAACAUCAUAUUUAUAAGUAAUGGCUACAGAAGACAACCACAAUGCAAUGCAGCAACACAAUGUGGUUGUGCUGAGUUAAGGCAGAGACUCAGCUUAGCUAUUUAACAAUGUAGAAGAUUACAAUAAUGAUGGUGUUGAUAGACACGAACAUUGAAGCUUUGAAAGCUGAUCUGUUUAAACAGAGAGAUUAAAGUGUUUCUGCAAUGUGGCAUGAAGAUUAAGUUGGUAAAUAUAUUUUUGACAAUAGUGCAUAUAUUAGUCUCUCGUGUCACAGUUCUUAUCAUAUCUGAAAAUGAAAAAUAGGCAAAACCUUUUUGAAUACAAAACAGUAAACACAAGCCAGCAGUUGUCAGUUCUUAGUCAAUGUUCUGUUUUGACCAGUAGUUGUCAGUAGAAGCAUUUUUGUGUUCACUUUUUCAUAACCAAGAACUUGACCUCACUUUGCAGCAGUGGAAAUGGGUAUAGAAACUGUAUAGGAUACAGGAAAGAAAUUGGUGUCAUCACGUGAUUGAAAAGCAUCUAAUAAAAAAACACAGAUAUAAGACCUAA